AUGGAUGAUUCGAAUUCAUCACCUGCUCCGCAGCACAAACGCCAGCGCGUGGCAGAGGAAAACCGAAAACGAGCCGUUCGAGCAUGUGACGGUUGUCGCAGAGUGAAGGAGAAAUGCGAAGGCGGAGUUCCAUGUCGCCGAUGCCUACGCUACCGCCGACAGUGCAAUUUUACCCAUAUUGAACCGGGUGAGAAACGCAGAUCAACUUCGGUCUCGUUGCUGGAACGAGCAGCGUCUCUCAAUCGACAUGAGAUCGCAGAGGCAGAGCGGAUACAUUGCAUGGAGCAGAUAAUCUCUCAUUAUGUUCCUAAUGCUACAUUUGACAUCCAGUCUCUGCGCCGGAUCGCCGAAGAUCUGAAGAGCAAGCAUCGAGAUUCGAUGUCGGAUGCACAGUCCACCAGGGUCGAUAACAACGAACUUGAGGAUCUGGCCCUCGAUGACGAAGAUUUCACAAUCAAAGCCUUGCCGGAUAACUCCACUCAAUACUCGGGGGAAUUCUCGUACCUGAACUUCUCGAUGAAGAUACGAAGUAAGAUAGAUGAGUGGAUGAAGACUGCCGCACCCGAGGCGUCCACAGAAGUGGAGUUGUUCGAGGACCGAUGGCGAGCUACACAGCUUCAAUCCGGAUCAUCCCUAGUAUCGUCGUCGAUAACCUGUCUUCCACCUCGUUAUGUCGCCGAGUUCCUUGUUCAAAUAUUCUUCAAAUAUGCCCAGACCAACAAUUUCUAUAUUGAGGAACAGUGGCUAUUUGAGAAAUUGAAUAUCUGUUACACUAGCCCUUCCAGCUUGUCCUCCGAAGAUUCUGGCGCGGUAUGCUCACUUCUGAUGGUAUUAGCAGUGGGAACGCAAUUCGCCCAUAUGGAGUCUGCCAAACCAGUCAACCGCCUGCCUUCCGAUUAUUCCGCUAACCAAGACCAUCACUUUUCGGAGGAUGAGGUUGGUCUGACAUUCUAUCAAUACGCUUCAAAACUGUUGCCAGAUCUUAUUGCCACGGCAUCUAUUCGGAGUGUCCAGGCUUGCCUAUUGAUAGGAACAUACCUACUUCCUCUUGAUACAUCUGGCCUAUGCUACACGUAUUUUGGCUUGGCCUUGAAAAUUGCCAUCCAGAACGGAAUGCACCGAAGAUACCACGGGGAGGGUUUGUCGCCGAAAAUGGUUGAGACCCGCAACCGAGUCUUCUGGACAGCAUAUACGAUUGAAAAGCGCAUCAGUAUCUUACAUGGAAGACCAGCAUCGCUGUCAGAUACAGAUGUCGAUGCCCCGUUCCCUGUUGAUUUUCCCGGGCUGGUACCGGCUUCCCAACCAUCUUCAAACCAUACGAAUAUGGUUACAUUGAUCACACUGACUCUAAAACUUGGCCAAGUGUCUACAGAAAUAUCCUCUUUACGAAAAUGUCGCAAAGCGCAGCAACAAGAAUGUCUCGAGCGAUUACUCUCCAUACGGAAACAGUUGGUGGAAUGGUGGUCCACACUGCCUGAAGAAACCAACUGCCGAGACCUUAACCCGGCAGGGCCACUAUUCCGAUCUAAUGUGCACCUGAAGCUCGACUAUUGUUUGACCAGGAUUUUUAUUGGGCGACCGUUUCUAUUCAGCAACAUCAAGGGUCUCCACCAACCACCCCAGACAGGCAAGGGACCAUCUGGAAUGUCUAAAAGCCGUACAACACUUAUUACUGAUUGUGUCGAAGCUGCGCUUGAAAUAAUCGAUCUUUGCCGGCUUCUGAGAGACGAGACGGGCCUUGCUCGUGCUUCAUUCACUGAAUUCAGCUCAUGUCGCGCAGCUCUGCUGGUCAUCCUCGCUCAAGGGCUAACCAAACGCACUGAAAGACUAGGUGCUGCUCUCGAGCAAGGCAUUUCCUUGAUAAAAAUCAUGUCCAUGGGGGUUGGUUCUGCGCGUUCGGCGGUGAGUGUCAUAGAAGCCCUCGAGCGCGCCAUUCGCCGCUUGGAAUUGUGGAGUGAGUCGCACCAAUCUCAAAGCAAUGGUAGCUCUGCCGAGUCUGCCUAUGACCGAUUCAAGAGUUGGGAGAUGCUCUGGAAGACCGGCCCCGUGUCCCCUGCAACUGCAUCCAUUAAGCAGCAAGAAGCCUAUCUAGGUAAUGAAGUUGCUGUCCCACAAGGUCUGAACAGUAAUACCCCGGGCUCUGCUGGAAUCAAUGACAUGCUAUCACGGAUGCCUAUAACGCCGUCGACUGCAGUACCUCAGGCUGAAAAUGGCAUUUCUCCGACUGCCAGUAGGCCUAGUGAUGGCUUGAUUCAAAAUGAAAUGUCUCUUCAGGGGUUUUCGGUGCCGGACAACUUUUCUUUGCCACAUCUGUCGAAUUUCAGCUUCGAUCACUUCGUUUCGAAUUUCCCACAAGAGCUGGGCGAAUUUACUGCUAUUCCUUGCUUUGAGCCAGAUGCUCAAUUGCAGCCUCCUGGCAAUACAAGUGGCGAGCUGAAGACCCCCGGGAGCUCUGAUUCGCCUUGGAUGCAAUUUAUGAAUUAA